GAUAUGUAUCAGUUAUUCAAUAAAAUGUAUCAUACACACCGUCUCAAAUUUUUUAUUGUGUUAGUUUUUAUAAAAUUAUGUGAAUGCAAUGAAACAAUUGAUAUAAAAAUAAGUCAAGGCACAUUAUCCGGGUUGGUAGAAAGGACAUUUUUGAAGGAAAAAAAUUAUUAUGCAUUCAGAGGUAUACCGUUUGCAGAACCUCCUCUGGGAACGCUUAGAUUUAAGCCUCCUGUACCACACAAACAUUGGGAUGGAACAUACGAAGCUCACAAAAACAAGCCUACCUGCUUCCAGUUCAGCUAUAGAAGGAGAAACAACGAACCUUAUGGCUUCUCCGGGUCCGAAGACUGUCUAUAUUUAAGUGUUUAUACUCCAAGUCUAGAAGGAUCCGCUCCAGUAGUGGUGUUUGACUAUAAUGACAAUUUUAAAACUGGCUUUAAUGGAUCCGACACAUAUUCACCUGACUUUUUUGUCGAAGAAGGCGUCGUUGUUGUAACUAUUGGCCAUCGACUCGGUAUUCUGGGGUACUUUACUACGGAAGACGAUGUCAUACCUCCAAACGCUGGCUUAAAAGACUUUAUUUUAGGUUUAAAUUGGAUUAAAGAUAAUAUUAAAGCGUUUGGCGGCGAUUCAAACCGCAUUACGAUCAUGGGUAACCGUGGCGGAGCGGCAUUGGCCAAUAUGAUGCUUUAUUCAGAGGCAGCAAAAAACCUCUUCUCAGCUUUAAUAAUGCAAAGUGGUAGUGCGACCGAGCCUAUAUAUUUCUUCGAGAACUCGCGUGAAAAAGCCUUUCAACUCGGCGAAGUAUUCAAUACAACGACCGAUGAUAGUCAAGUCUUACUGGAAAAAUUACAAAAUGUAGAUGUUGAUGCUCUAUUGACCGAAGAAGGUAAAGUGAAAGAUUAUAAUGAUGUAGACGAUUUACAAUCGAGUGUAGAAAUAUUUUCUCCAGUUAUUGAAAAACCGAGCCCAGAUGCUGUUCUUACACAUUCUCCAAUAACAGAUAACAUUAUUAAUGACGUUCCCGUGUUAAUUGGCUUCAAUUCUAGAGAAGGUCUUGACUUAGUAUCUCAUUUUAUUAUAGAACCACGAUUAUUAGAUGGAAACGCUGACUUUUUGUUCGUCUUCCCAAUUAAAGUGAACUAUCGAUUUAAUGCCAAUAGCACUGCCUUUAAAAAUGCUAUAGAAAAAGUGAAGAACUUUUACAUGGAAGAUGGAAUUCUUCGAUAUUCGACUAUUCUGGAUUACGCUGUUUAUGUUGGAGAUAUGUUGCAAAAUUACGCUCUCCAUGUCACUGCGAGAAAAUUGUCAAGCGAACUUCAAUCUAAUCUCUAUUACUAUAUGUUUGAUUAUAGAGGAUUGUUAAAUGAAAAUAGUGAACAAAUCACGAAAUAUUUAAGGUUCAGUAUGCAACAUUGGGGUGCCACUAUUACUGACGAACUCUGCUACCUACAUUUAUGUUCUCGGAUAAAGAGUACGUAUGAUGAAUUUAAGAAUUUACCAAGUGAACAGCCUGAAUUCAAAGUUCUGAAGAAGAUGGUGAAGAUGUGGACAAACUUUGUGAAAACGAGGGAUCCCACACCAGGAGAAGACAAAGAUUUAAAAAAUCUCAAAUGGUUACCAAUGGACAGUGCUAAAAAUAACUACCUUCACAUUACAAAGAAAUUCAAAAUGGAAGAAAAUCCUAUGGGCGAGCGGGAUAAGUUCUGGGACGACUUUUUGAAGGAAUAUGAAGAAAUGGCCCAAGACGGAGUCGUUGGUACUGAAGAGCUUGAACAUGACGAACUGUGAUAAGAAAUUAAAAUAUUGACAGUAAA